AAUUCCAAUUGAUUGGUUCUCUGUUUGAUAUCCUCAUUAAACGCAGAAGCGGUUCCUAAUAUGUUCAGUCAGUUCAGUAGUUUGUUCUUUACAGGAUAGACUUCUUGACUUGGUGCUUGCGGUGUGGUAACAAAUAACACAAUCACAUACCCGUUUCUCCGUUUCUCCGACUCUGCUAAUUUCAUGCUUUAUUACCAAGUUCCUUCUACAAAAGCUUGAAUCGGAGAAAUAAAGCAGUUUCAUUCAACACAAAACGCUACUGGGUAUCCAUUACUACAUACCAACCACCACGGUAAUUUUUGUGCAAACUCAUUUAUAAGUAUUCCGUUCCAUUUUUUUAUUUCGAGCAGUGUAUACAUAGUUAAUUCAUCUAUCGGUACUCAAAUCUGGAAAAUGCUGGCUAGUUAACCCAUAAUAAAUUCACACAUACACGUAAAUAUACAAGUUGUGUCAUGCGGAAAUAGCAGGGUAUCAAAUUUAGCAGGAAAUACAUCAGUUUCAAACGAUGGUAGUAGAUAAAAUCGGAAAUACUUACACAGGUCGAGCGAGAGUACAAUAAUAUUUACAUUUACUGUGCAACAAGAGACCUGAAUCUUUACGUGUUGUUAAUAUUUGAGCAUAUAACGUAGGUUUUAGAAGUCUCCACUCAAACAGUCUGGAAUAUUGACAAUUUAUACUACAUACAUACUUUCAUCAUCAGUAUGGGAAAAUCCCAUAUUAGUUCACGUGGCUUAUGGCUUAUACUCUUAAACUUUGUACUCAUGACUCAUUUUUCUACUGAAUUGUACCCUACUUUAUUUGAGAUGGGUUUAAUGUUGACUCCGAAUUGAGCAAUACAUGGGAUAAGCCUGUGUCUAUAGCCACAUUAGCAGUUCACGUUAUUACGCUGUUGUUAUGUUUAACAUAUUAUGGAAUGAUAUUUAGCUUUUCAUCGUCAUCUCACGAGUCUCUCUCUGCAUCAGUAUUACAUUUCAUAUCACUUGUUGCAAUUAGCGUUGCUACAUCAGGUAAACAAUUAAGCAGAGCAAUCCAUUCGUCAUUUAUCACCAUGCAUUGUAUGACCAGCAAAUUUUGUUGACCCCAUUAGAAUUACAAUUACUAUGUCCCAUCAUCAUAUUGUAAUCAACCCAGUAGUCAUUUAGUGUUUCUAUAUCGGAAAGCUAUUGGUUGAUGCUGCUCAUCCUGUCCGUUGAAUACCAAAACAAACUGAAAUCACUCUGUUUGUUGAACAAUGCAUAACAUAGUGCUGGUUGAUUUCAAGAAUGUGCUGCAUACAACCAUCAUUCAUUCACAUCACCAAGCGUUGACAGAGGAUAAUGUGUCGCAACGGAGUUCAUAUUAAUUGAAUAGCCUUUUCCAGCUACGUAGCCUGAUUACAUGUGUGCAGGCAUGAAAACUAAAACCAAUUCGUAAACAGAGGCAAACUUUUUUUAAAACAAAGCACCAGGCAAAAUGGGAAUUCAAUCUCGGCCAUCAUUGUACGGCUCCCACUUGAACCUAUCAUCAGGUCAUGGUUCUCCGACGGCUUCUUCCACUGGACAUUUUGCCAGACAAAAGUUGUUGCUGGCCAAGGCUAGAGAUUCGGAAAACAGUUUAACUAGCGAUGAAGAGGAUUUUCUACUUUCUACAAAGGACGACGACUUGAUUGAAAGAAGAAAGCGAUCAGGAACUUGGCCACGAACACGAUCCCUGAAUGCCCCCUCUCCAAUUCAACAAUUUGGACCAUGUGGGAGAAUUAUGAAGAAUUCCGCAAUGGUAAUGCAAGUUCAAGAUCAAGAUCCUGCAUUUCAAAGGUUGACCUGGUACAAAACCCCGCUGACAGUUCUUGUUAUAAAGAAGGUCCGAGAUGUAGCAGUCGUCAUCCCAUUUGUCCAUUUGAUUGAGUGGCUUAUAAAUAACAAACGCAUGGUGGUGUAUUGUGAAGAAGCCGUUAAGGAUGACAAGAGUGUCACAGGAAAUUCAAAAUUUGAUGAACUACAGGACAAGUUAAUGUAUUUCAGGGAAGGUCGCGAUGACCUUACUGAUAAAAUUGACUUCAUCAUUUGCUUGGGAGGUGAUGGGACUCUUCUCUAUGCGUCAUCAUUGUUCCAGCAAUCUGUUCCACCUGUGAUGGCAUUCCAUUUGGGAUCAUUGGGUUUCUUAACACCGUUCCUCUUUGACAACUUUGAAGAGAAAGUAACCAACGUCUUGGAGGGGAACGCUGCCCUUACCUUGAGAAGUAGAUUGAAAUGUACUCUGAAACGACGACAGUCUACUGAUGCCACUGCAGAUACUGGACAUAUUACCAGUAACGGACAGGUUUCCCAGAACGGAAUUGGAAUUCAUACCAGUCUAACGAAUGGGUCUAACAAUAGAUCUAACAAUUCACCCAUGAACUUUCUCGUGCUUAACGAAGUGGUUGUUGAUCGUGGACCAAGUCCAUAUUUGUCCAACGUAGAUUUAUUUAUUGACGGCAAGCAUGUGACAGUAGUUCAAGGAGAUGGACUUAUUGUUUCCACCCCCACUGGAAGCACUGCAUAUGCUGUUGCUGCAGGUGCGUCUAUGAUCCACCCAUCAGUUCCUGCCAUUAUGAUCACACCGAUAUGUCCUCACUCUCUGUCUUUCCGACCGAUUGUGGUACCCGCUGGAGUCGAACUAAAGAUAAAAAUAUCCCCUGACAGCCGUAAUACUGCUUGGGUAUCCUUCGAUGGACGAAACAGGCAAGAGUUACAUCAUGGGGAUGCACUAUCCGUUACCACCUCUGUAUAUCCCGUUCCUUCCAUCUGUGCUCAAGACCAAAUUUCCGACUGGUUUGACUCUUUGGCCGAUUGUCUGCAAUGGAAUGUUCGCAAAAGACAAAAGACGUUUGAUGAAGAUAACUGCACAACAGAUUCAUCCGGUUAUGAUAUUAUGGAUACCUGAAUCUCUAGUAUUGUAGCCUACCUGAUUUAUGUAAUUCACAAGUAUUUAGGUGGUAUUUUGGUGGUUAAAGUAUUUGUAUCCCACAUACACUUUUUCUCAUAUGAAUAUAUGUGUUUAACCGAACUCGACACUGGUUGUCUUUAUGAUCUAGCUACAUAUAUGUGUUUAUCGAUUGCUGCUUUAUAUAUUUAGUAAUAGUUCGGUAUACUUGCAUAUUUAAAAUAUAUAAAAAAUAGUAAUCGAAGUUUAUUGUAACAAACGGGAACAAAUCAUGAUAUCUUCCGCAACUCCGUUGUAUUCUGAACAAUGUAACUUUGAAUAACCUUUUACAGUCACUCAGUAAAAAAUUUGAAAUAAACGCUAAAUUUAUAUCAUUUCUAAAAAAAACAAUU